AUGACGACUAAGACCAUCCAUGGGAACUCGCAAUUCCAGAAGCCCUCCUCUCUACGCUGGACGUGGGAUUCACCUUUUGGAGGGUAUCAUAAUGAAAUUGACGACAUCAUCGUCAGUAAAAGGUUUUGCCUGACGGAUGUCGCUAUUGUACCAAAGUUUUAUACGGGAUCGGACCAUCGCCUUCUUCGAGGAAGAUUUUCUUUCACACGGGCAAAAGAAAAAGCCGCGAAGUUCUUUAAGCGAACUCCCAGAACCAUCAUACACUGGAAGCUCUUCGCUUCGCUUGUCGAUUUUUGGGAAGAUACCGUUAUGGACAACAUCGACGGCGAAGAGUGGCUUGUAGAACAUCUUCACGACUGUAGGAGGAAAGCGAAGAGUUUCAAAACCACCAAGAGACGCCUGUCUCCGAAAACUCUAGAGCUGAUACGUGGAGCUACACGAGCUGCAGGCAAGCAAGAACUCACGUCCGAGCUAGCAAGGCUUUGCAGAGAGACGAUAAAGGAAGACCUCAAAGGGAGAAGAGCAGAAGUGUUGGCUGAAGAUGCAGAGAUGGAACAACUACAGCAUCGAGAAGGAGGAUGGAAAAUGUCAUUCACGACUUUUACUCAGACCUCUUCGACAGCCACGUCCACUUGCCUCCUCACCAUCUGA